CUGUAAUUGUUCCCAAGCAACUGUCAGUCAAAUAUUUAUUCAUAUGUGGGAAUUUCAAAUGAAUUAAUUUGUUUUAACAGAAAGCCAUGGCUGAAUCAAAGCCAAAUUGUGAUCGUAAUAAUUCUCACGAUCAUUUUUGCAAUGUGAAUGAACGCCCUGUUGAGGAUAUAUCAUUAGAAUUUUUCUAUAAACCUCAUACGAUCACACUCUUAAGUGGGGCUUUUAUUGCUGUGUUAGUGUCGAUUUCUUUACGUAACGAUGACAAUUUUGAAGAUAACAUAUGGCGUGGAAUUUUAUGUGUUUGUUUCUUUUUCCUCAUAAUUAGCACAUUAGCCUUUCCAAAUGGUCCUUUUAUAAGACCUCAUCCAGCAAUAUGGAGAAUAGUAUUUGGUGUAAGUGUAAUAUAUCUUCUUAGUUUGUUGUUUGUUCUGUUCCAAAGAUAUAGCACCAUCAAGAAUAUAAUGUACUGGUUUUACCCAGACCUCUCACAGUUCAAAAUUGACCAGGAGAAGGAGUAUGGAGUUAAUUGUUCUGACAUCACUGUUGAGAGAGUCUGGGGUCACGUGGAUGUUUUUGCCUUUGGUCAUUUGUUUGGAUGGGCAAUGAAGGCAUUACUUGUGAGGCAAUAUUGUAUAUGCUGGACUAUAAGUAUCAUGUGGGAAAUAACUGAAGUGGUGUUCUCACAUCUUCUUCCCAAUUUUGAGGAAUGUUGGUGGGAUGCGAUGAUUUUAGAUGUCCUCGUUUGCAAUGGUUUGGGAAUAUACCUGGGAAUGGCUGCUUGCCGUUAUUUUGAAAAUGAAACUUACGAGUGGGAGAGCAUAAAGUCAAUUCCAAGUGCUACUGGAAAAAUUCGCAGGGCUAUUUUGCAGUUUACGCCUGCCAGUUGGACUCAUGUGAGGUGGCUGGAUCCUAAUUGCACUUAUAUGAGGUUUUUCGCUUUAGGUCAAUUAGUGUUAUUUUGGCUUGUGACAGAAUUGAACACCUUCUUCAUCAAACACAUUUUUGAAAUCCCGCCUGGUCAUCCAUUAACAGUUGGAAGGAUUGUUCUUAUAGGUCUUAUUGUAGCUCCAACAUUAAGGCAGUACUAUAGUUAUGUAACUGAUCCAAGAUGUGAACGAGUUGGAACCCAAUGCUGGGUGUUUGGGGCAAUAACUGUGACAGAAGCCAUAAUAUGCAUCAAAUUUGGUCUCGAAUUGUUUGCUCGUGCAAAAAUAAUGAAUAUCCUUACGUGGUUGUUUACUAUGUUUGUAAUGACCUUCGCUUGUCUGGCCUUUUGUAUUUACUAUGAAACCAACCUAAGAAGCGAAAUUGUAGCAGUCACUUCUAAAGAUUCUCCCUCUGCAUCACCUGUUAAGAAAGCCAUUGUAAAGUCGAAUCGUUAAUCUCAUUCUUAAAAUCACUAGACUCGAAACUUAAAUCAAUAAAUGGACCCAUGAACUGUUAAAUUCAAUGCAGCCUUGUCUACUCCUUUAUCAUUGACCACAUCAGUUUUGAAUCUCAACUUAUUAACAUUCCAGAAAAGUGUGUAAUUGGACAACAUAUGAGUUAUGUGUCGCUCAUAAAUAAAUAAUCAUAAUAGAUAGCUAUGCUAUCUUUGUCUUUAAGUAA